AUGAUGUUGCAGUCUCCCACCAGAUCCAAUGUGGCUGCGAGAUACUUGGAAUCUAUUGGCGAUUCUGCCUCUUCUACUCCGAACAGACUUCCGCUUCAACCAACUUUAAAAUACAACCAAACAAGCAAGGAGUCAACCGAUUUGGAUGUUCUCGCUAAACAGUUGAACGUACCAACUUCUCCUACAAAGACAGCUUUCCUCAGAACCAAGUUUGAGUCUCCAUCGGCAACAGUAUCCUCCUUCAAGACUCCAAGGACAAAGACUUCCUCCAACAACAGCAGCAGGAAUUCGACACCUCUUAAAAAUAGCACAAACCUCAAUUUGGAGGCCAAACCAAACUUAUCAAAGAAUGGCGAUCACAGCAAUUUGAAACAUCCUACUAGCUUUUGGAAACUCCGUCCAGACCUAAAACCAGACCUUUUUUACUCUCCAGGUUAUGAGUACUUGUGUCGUAUCCAGGCUAUCAAGAACUGGCUUGAACUUGUGCUCCAGGAGGAAAUUAGCCAGCUGCCAGUUGAGUUGAUUUCCUACAUUAGAAACGGUAUCUUUCUUGCCAAGUUGGCUAAUGUUAUCUUACCAACAAAGAGAAGAGUAUUCACUGAAGACUCGAAACUACAAUUCAAACAUACAGAAAAUAUCAACCGCUUCUUCCAUCUACUUGAUUUCAUGAAUGUGCCUGAUUUGUUUACCUUCGAGUUGACCGACCUCUACGAUGCAAAAAAUGUACCCAAGGUAUGGUUCUGUUUGCAUGCUUUAAGUUACUUGAUGAACAUGUCCAACUCAGGAUACCCCAAAAUCGAAAACUUAGUAGAUAAACUAGACUUUUCAGAAGACGAUAUCAGAUCCGCUAAUAGAGCUUUGGUAGGAGCUGGUCUACCCAACUUCGCUAGUGCAGACAAUGGAAAUGAUUCAACUAGUAGCGACAACACAUAUAUGAACAGAGUAGCUGCUGAUUCUCCCAUCAAAGUUACAACUUUUUCAGCUUCCAAAGGAUCACAAUCAUCAUUCACGAAGAAACAAGACUCGCAUCCAAACCCAUUUGAGGAUACCACCAAAAGCUCUGCUUCACUCAACAGCUUUCACAAAGAACUCACUAAGAAAUCUGUACCAUCUACCACUAAGACACCAUCAACUUUCAAAACACCCAUUGCAAGCCAGUCUCGAAUUUCAAACUUUUAUACUCCAGAACUUGACAGCCAUAUUGAGAACAUAGUCAAGCUUCAGUCCUUAGCCAGAGGUGCCAAUUUCCGAUACUCUAUGUUUGUGGAUAAGAUCAUGAUCAAAUCAUAUUCGGAUGAAUUCACCUACUUUUUUUCUAUUGCCAGAGGUAAGUUAUCCAGAGAUAAGACUAUUCACAGACAUCGUGGGGAAUUGAUACCCUUCAAGGAAGAAAUUGUCCAACUUCAGUCUAUUGUCAGAAGAAAAUUGUAUUCCCAAGGAAAGCCUAAGAUGGAUGGUAACACAGAACGCAUAGUUAAAUUCCAAAGCAAGAUUCGUGGUCUCUUGGAAAGAAGAAGAAUCAGUACUCUCAAGCUUCAAAUGAUUGCCCAAAAGGACAAUGUAUCUGAACUACAAGCCAUAAUGAAAAUGAAAAAAAUUCACUACAGGGUUCUGACAGUUUGCCAGAGUAGAUACCAAAUUGAACCUAGUGUCCUAGAAUUGCAAUCUAUUUGCCGUCGUCGUUUGCAAGAAAGAAGAGCAGCAAGGCAUUUAAUUGAUGAAGAUUCUAUUGUAGAAUUCCAGUCUGCUAUUCGUUCGCUAAGAAUUCGCAACCAUAUUAGAUCUAUUCGUUCCACUAUUACAAAGCAAAUUGAACCACUUGAAGAAUUGCAGAGCAUCGCAAGAGGAGGUUUGGCUAGAAGCAGACUUUGCAAUAGUGUUUUGAUCACCUUGCUAUACGAAGAUGAAGUUUUGAAUAAUUUAUAUGCUGUUUUCAGAGGAAACAAGGUUAGAAAAGAAAUGGCUGCGAAAAAGAGUGCACUUCAAAGUGUGAGAAAGUCCUCAAUUAUACCAUUGCAAUCAGCUUUCAGAGGUUUAUAUUGUAGAUUUGAGAAGGAUAUCAAGCUAGAUGAUGUGUAUUGUGAAGUUGAUAGUAUUAUCCAACUACAGGCAAUCCUCAGAGGUGCCAGAGUCAGAAAUGAUUCCAGAUACAUGAAAGAAUACUACCAGAAAAACAUCAACUCUGUUAUCAAGGCUCAAUCAUUGAUCAAGAAAACAUUGGUACAAAAUGCUUAUAAAACUUUGUUGAACAAGAAGAACCCUCCAUUGUCGGUUAUUAGAAGAUUUGCUUACUUACUUUCAGAUAGCGAUCUUGAUUACCAAGAUGAAAUGGAAUUAUCCGAAGCAAAAGAUCAAAUUAUUGACAGGUCCAGACUGAACGAAGAGUUGGAGAAUAGAAUCGAAAACUUGGAUAUCAAGUUGAAUCUCUUGGACAGAAACAAGAUAACCGUCGAGGAAUUCUUGAAACAUAAAAGUAAAUUCAAGAAUAACAAAGUGAAGGAUACCAAGGGUGGAGCUACAACUAUGAAGUGUUUGGAAAGGUUGAACAAAUCUUCUAGAGAAAGAGUAGAGUUAUACCAGUCUAUGUUCUAUUUCUUACAGACCAAGCCUAUCUACUUUGUCAGGCUCUACAAGACAAUGAGCGUAGAAAAGAAUGGAUCCAAAUUUAACAAGGAUUUGCAAAAUUUUGUCAUGCUGUUGUUCCCUAUUAAAGAUAGUUCUGUCAAGCAUCAUUGCAGAGAAGAAUAUUACUUCGUCAAAUUGAUUUCUGAAUUAAUGAAGAACGACGUCGAAAACAACUCCAGAUCAAUUAGUGAUUUGACGAAGACACUGACAACUUUCUGGAUUGACUACUUUUUACUUUUCAACAACCACACCUACCAAAGGCAGCAUUUAAAGCAUUUGGUAGGAAAAUUCGUCUAUUCUGUUAUUGAAAGUGAUAUGCUUGACUUUGAAUCUGAUCCAUCUGAGAUCUACGAAGCUAUUGUCGAGAGAGAACACAGGGUUAAUGGCUUCAGCGAAAGACCUCGUGGCAUUUCUCCACAACAUGCUAUCAAGGAAGAGGACGUUUCUGCCAAGUUCGUUAACAACUUGAUGAAUUUGAGAGAAGUGGCAACUGAAUUCUUGAACACCUUAGAAUUGUCAGCUGACAGAGUCCCACUCCAUGUCAAGGUCAUCUGCAAGCAAGCAUACGAGCUAUCCCAACUUCAAUUCCCUGAGAAAUCAGACCAACAGCAUUUAGCUGUGGCAGGAGUGGUAUUUAUAAAGCACUACAUUGCUCCAAUUCUACAAUUCCCUGAAAACUUUGGCUUCCAGAAUAAAGAUUUCUACAAUCCAAAGGCUAGAGACAACCUCAAGCAUCUCAGCAGAGUGAUGCUACAAGUGUUUUCUAUGAAACCAUUCAGUGACAGCUUCUUGAAACCAUUGAACGACUACGUCACAUCUUCUACAGAAAUGACUAGACGAUUGAUAAUGAACUUGAUUUCAGUUAAGGACUUGGAAAACGAAUACGAGCUAGAUGACUAUAACGACAUUGUCAGCCACGAGAGACCAAAGCUAACAAUGAAUGUGAGCAAUAUGAUUCUGUUGGAAAAGAUCAUCAGUCAACAUAUAGACCUAAUUGCACCAAGUUCUGAUGACCAGUUAUACAGGAUAAAUACCCAAUUGGAAGAAGUGGUCAAUUCUGCUGAUGACUACGUCACUUUGACAGAGUUGGGCUCCAUAACCUUGAACUUGAACCCUGCUACUAAGGAAGAUUCGAUUGCUGACUCUAAGAACAAGUCUUUGUUCACCCAGGCUAAGAGAUGUGUGUUGUACAUAAUCAGAAUUCAAGAAGGGAACGGCUUGUUGGACUUGCUUAUUUCUGGGAUCAAACCAGCAGACGAAAUCAAGUUCAGAGAAAUAGUCACUGCGGAAAGAAAAGAAAUGGAACAAUCCUCAAUCAACGCAAGGAGAAAACCAUACUACAAGACGUCAUUAGGUGACUUGUCCAAAAUAACCUACCACGACUUGAAGAAGAUGGCUCUCGAAAUCAUAUUGAAACUAGAAGUCCUGGCUCAGUUGACUAGAAAGAAUUCUUUCCAAGAGCUAUUGAACCAAAUCGCAAUCGAUAUUAAGACCAAGGAUUCUCAGAGAGUCUCCCGUAAGACACAGUUGGAAAUCGCCAAUAAGACGUUGUCCAAAUUGAAGGAAAAAGAGAUCUUCUUGAAGAAACAACUAGCCGACUACAAUAAGCAUGUGGACACUAUUCUUUCGCAGCUACAACUGAAACCUAAGGAUAGAAUGUUGUUCAACAUCAUUCCUGUUUUCAGUAAGCAAUACUUCUAUCAUAGGGAAUUAAAAAAGAACAAUAGAUUACCUCAGUUUGGCUCCUACAAAUAUUCAGCCAGAAAGUUAGUUGAACAGGGCAUCAUUAUUGACUUUGGUGGUUUAUUGAACAGAGCCCAUUCUUCGUCUUCAAAGUUGGAUUUCAUGUUCUCUUGUCACAAAGCUGGUAAGUUCACUAUUGAGGCAGCUAAUGGCUCAGUCACAAUACCUGGAGCAUGCUACAACAUAACGCUUGACGAGUUGUUGAAUUACCAAUAUGAAAACAAGGAGUCUUUUGAUGCCUUCGAUGGAAUGGUGAUGUUCAAUACUAACAACUUGGCCGCAUUCAUAUUCAGGAAGUUCUACGACAUUAACAGGGACUCAGCUUGAAUUGUUAUAUUGAUUUGACAACAUAUAGAUCCUUUAAAUAGUACAGUAAUAGAGUCCUUAUUUCUUCAAGAGCUCAUCAAUCUUCUUUUCCAAAGAAGUUAAUCUCUCGUCCUUCUCUAAACCGGCUUCCGUCAACUUCAAAAUGUGAGCUUCUAAGUUUUCAACAAUACCAUGUAAUUUCUCAACUGUAGCCUUCAAAGUUGGAGCUCCUGUACCAGCCUUAGGAGUAGCAGCUGGUGUGACAACAGAAGAAGCGGCGGGCGUAGAAGCUGAGGAAGGAGCCUUUUCAGAAAUCAGACUGACAGACUUGAUAGAAGAAACUUCAGAAACAGGAGCUUCAACCUUGACCUCAGGUUCGACUUCCUUCGUCUCUUCAGCCUUAUCAGCAGCAGCAACAACAGUAGUUGUUAAGUCUUCUGGUUCUUUCUUUACUUCUACCUUUGGUUCUGCUACUAUUUCCUUGGUCUUGAUUGUUUCUUCCUUCUUGAUUUCCGGUUUAGGAGAUUCAUAUGGCUUCUUGACUUCUUCCCAUUCAUCCUUGUCAUCACUAGGAGGUGGUACUUCGUCCUCAUCGUCUGAUUGAUCUGCUACCUUGUUUAAUAAGUUGUUGACAUCGUCAGAAGACUUCAACAACUCGUCUACAUUUUUGGAGCUAGAAGGAGUGGAUUCCCUUACUGAUUCCUUUGGAAUAGAAACUUCUUUCUUCUCCGGUGCCGCCUUCUUUUCUUCUACUUCUUUCGCCUUUUCUGCUUCCUUCGACUCAGAAAUGUGAGUCAAGGGCUUGGAAUCAGUGAUAGUUGGCUCAGAACCUUCG